AUGGUUGCCGCUCUGAAGUCCUUCUCGGGAAGCAGUAGUGGAGGUGUAGACGGCCUUCGACCUGGUCACAUUUCUGCCCACACAGCUAAAGCUGGUGAGCAUUUGAAAAAAUCCAAAACUGCUCUCAUUAAUACCCUUCUCCGAGCUGAGAUACACCAACAUGCUCGCCACUUAAUAUAUUCAGCCAACUUAACGUCUUUAAAAAAAGACGGAGGUAUCUGCCCUACCGUUGUUGGUAACAUCUUUCUUCGACUCACGGCAACAAUUACUUGUAGAGUUGUUGUGAAGGAGAUAGGGCACGAAUUGCGACCUCUCCAGCUCGGGAGCAUCAGAAGGGAUUAUACCCUGAAAGUUUGCCAUCAACGGACACCUUUCAUAUUUAAACGGGCCCAUUUUUCGUAUAGCCAUCCAAGUAUGUUAAUCGCCAUCGAUAAUAUUAUCUCUUCUGCUACCAGAAACCAGCAAGGUGAUCCACUUGCCUCAGAAGUCAUAUGCUUGUUAACGGACAUUGGUUUCAUAAUACACUGCUUUUCACCUAACCCAAGAGAAUUAUCUAUCUAUCUAUCUAUCUAUCUAUCUAUCUAUCUAUCUAUCUAUCUCGCAUCUCAGUCACACUAUCUAUCUCUGUAUGAAUCUAUCUCUCUAUCUCUAAACACUAUCUAUCUAUCUAUCUAUCUAUCUAUCUAUCUAUCUAUCUAUCUAUCUAACUCGUAUUUCAGUCAAACUAUCUAUCUCGUUUCUCAGUCACGCUGUAUCUAUCUAUCUAUCUAUCUCGCAUUUCAUUCAUCCUAUCUAUCUAUCUAUCUAUCUAUCUAUCUAUCUAUCUCGUAUCUCAGUCAUAGUAUCUAUCUAUCUAUCUAUCUAUCUAUCUAUCUAUCUGUACUGUCUGUCUCACUCUUCAUAUUUGUCUAA